AUGAAAAAGAUGGACGUCUCUGCGGUCCGGAAUAUGUUCAAAGAUCAGGCUUGUCCUCUCAUGAAGGGAAAACCCAAGGUCUUCCUUUUCAACUUCUGCCGCGGAAGCACUCUCGAAAGCUUCUCUGGGCAAAGUAUAGGCGACGAUUCAUCUUCGACAUCGCGGAGUCGCGACAAGGUACUUCCCGCACAGGACGAAGCCCCGCGUGACAUGCUAACCCUCUACGCGUCGACGGAAGGCUUCAAGGCUUUUAGGACGAGCAAAGGGACUUUUUUCGCGCGGUCCCUAUGUCAAGUUCUAGCCGCCCACGCCCACAACACGGACAUGGUCAGCAUGGUUCACAAGCUGGACCAGCUCAUGACUGCAAGACAACACGCUACAACGCCGGAGGCACAGACCUUCGCCUUCAAGAAGUUUUUCCUGAAUCCAUUGGAGCCUUCCGACGCAUGA